AUCUUCCAGGAUGUGAGUGCUAGACUGGUUAUUUCUCUGGCAAGCGUUUACUCGUAUUUAAGCUCGUAUCACCGAUGACAAGCGAAUAACGGAUUGCUGCUGCCUUCUGAAAAUCUCAGCAUCAGCACCACCAUCACUAUCAGCAUCAUCCCCGACACCGACAAACAUUGCACGAGAACAGCUCCGGCGCGUUUAGAACGUUCGGGCGUUUAUUUACAUUCCGCCUUCGGAUAAUCCGUUUACAUUUCUCUCUCGGAAUGCCUUUGUGACGUCAUAGAGGUAGACAUUCUGUUUGUAGUUUUAAAAUGAACACCUGUUAUGUUUCAAAUGGCAUGCACGUUGCGCAAAAAGUAGAAGAGAGGCGACGUUUUAAAUUCAUACGGACAUACUGAAGCCUUCUAAUCUCCGGGAGCGCAACUAAAGCCGUUUAGGGAUCCAUUUAGUGAUAAGCCCGACUGCUGCUGUCUGUCUGCAUCAACAGGGGACAUGGAUGGUGAGGAAUUUGCAAUGACGAGAGCGAUGAUGAUGAUGAUGAUGAGUGCACUCGUAUGGCUGCUCUGCUCCCGUGGAAACUAAAAGACACUAUCAUCCAGCGUGUUUUUCACUAGCCUCGGUCUGUUUUGUGGAUUUUCAGUGAAAAACUUAUCCGUGUCUCCGCGCAAACAUGGGCAAAGACGAAUGCAAGACCAUGUUGGACGCGCUGAACAAAGUCACAGCCUGCUACAGGCAUCUGGUCAUCGCUUUGGGGAGCACAUCUGAUUCCCAAAACCUCCGAGAGGAACUUAAAAAGACCCGAAAGAAAGCCCAGGAGCUGGCCGUGGCCAACAGGACUAAGCUCACGGCUCUUCUGAAGGACAAAAGCAUCAGCAAAGAUGAUCGAGCCGAAUACGAGCGCCUCUGGGUGCUCUUCACCAGCAGCAUGGAGCUCCUGGAUGUGGACAUGAAGCGAUCCUUGGAGAUCGGGCAGGAUUUUCCUCUCAAAGUGCCAACGAGACACCUCAUCCAGACGGGAAUGACCGGCAGUACCACUACCGUGGCGGCUCGAGCCAUGAGCGUCCAAAACAUGAAGUACGAAGCCGACGCGAACAUCGACACGGUGGACCUCAAAGAGCUGGAGACCGAGAUCGCUCAGGUGGACCAGAUGAUGGAGGAGAUGGAGAUGAAGGUCCAGGUGGCGCCGUGGGCAGUCGAGGCGAAACAAGAGGCGGGAGCCGAGUUGAAAUCCACCGUCAGUGUUGGGAAUUCAUCGGUUGGUGUCAUCUCGAUCUGCGAGGAGGAACCCAAGGAAACGGUGGAAGGUGAAACUGGGUUGAUGAAAGUAUUUGCAGGGAUCAUUUUCACCGUUGUUUUGCUCAUAGCUGGAAUUCUGGGGUAUCUGGUGAUUAAUCUAUAAUGGAUGAAGAUAGUCUAUCUGGAUGACAGUGGCUCAGGGCUUUAGAUUUUCUUAUGGAGGAAGCAACACGUUGCUAUGGUAGGCCUGUGAAAUUGUGGAGGUAAUUUAAAGUAUGAUGCUCUUGGUCUGGAGAUCAGAUCACCUCCAUGGGUAUUUGUAAAAUGCAUUAGUGUUUAAAGGGAAUAGGCAAAAGGAAUAAAAACUCUUCCAUGACUGGUUCCUCAACCCAUGAUGGUAAAAACUGGACAGAGCACAAUCAAAAGCGGGACUGUCACAUAAAAGCUUUUAUUUUAGCAAAUUUUAAGCUACAAUUUGAAUUCUAAAUUACUUGCCACUCUUUUGACAUAUCAUAACUGGCUGUUUCAUACUUCGGUGAAGAUCUACAACCUGAAGAUCACAACUUUUGGGACCCUCUGACAGAGCAUCAGUGGGUUGUGCAUAUUAAACAGGUAUUUGUUUCACAGUUUAUAUAUAUAUAUAUA